AUGCCCCUCGGCCGCCUCCUACUCAGUGCAGCCAGUCUGGCUGGCGGUAGCUACAUGUGCGCCGUGGCCGUGGCCCUCGCCCCAACCUACAAGCUCCGCCUCCAAUCCUCACCAAAGACGCCACCCGAUUUCAAAGCCUCCCCGGCCUUUGCCCUGGUCAAUCCGCGCAAGCACAGGGGCAGCACCGAGGCCGUCUGGGCCACCAUCCGCUUCCCGCCCGGGUCGCCGCUGGCCGGGCUGAGCGACGGCCAGGUUGUCGCGCGCUUCCUGCGCGGCUUCUUUUACGGCGCCGUCAUCUCGCCCGAGCGGUUCCUGGUCGACAGGGUAUACGGCCGCGACAUUGCGCACAUCGAGCACCCAGGCGCAGAGUCGGCGGCGGCGGCGGUGAAUUUCCAUAGCGCAGAGUCGCUGCCGGCAGACUCGCCGCCGCCUGUGCACUCCAAACUGUGGGGGGCAUUCCAGGUGCUCGACAGCGGCCCACAGGGGGCUCCAUCCGCCAGCACAGCUGGAGCUGGAGCUGGUGGUGCACGUGUUUUUGUCGACCUCGGGUUUGGUUUCAGCGGCCCGCGCAGCACCUUUGCAGGCGUCGAUCGCUUCGUCGUGCAAAGGCAAAAGGACGACGACGGCGAUUACGGUGCCUCUGCUGGCGGCCAAACAAUUACCAUCAGCUACCUCGCGCACGCUUGCGACCCUUCCCAGGACAGGCCGCUGUCGGCUGUGCUUUUUGCAUUCCAUCGCGUUUAUGCCCGUUUGCUGUUUCGCAAUGGCCUGGCGGCUGUUCUGGGCGGCUCCUGA